CAUGUGUCGAUCGAGCCCUGUUGAGAACUGCGCUCCCUCUGUGCUUCACCGGAGUAGACAUAAACAAAUCAUUCAAAGCUAAAGGUUUAGUUUUCUACAGUAUCAUAUGCGCUGUCAUCGGCAGAGUUUUCUGUGGCUAACGGAGAGGAUAGAUUCGCUCCUCUGGGAAGACGUCGAAAAGUAACUAAGCCUCAUUCGGCUACAGGUAGCACUUUCGGCUCUGAAUAUCAAAGUGCAGGUCAUGCGGGUGUCUUCGGACGGGCAGAGAACUGUGAUCCAGUGCUGCUGUUACUGCUAGUGACUCCGGUGGACUGAUCGCUUUUGCCGCAAGCUGAGCAGGAACGACGGAAUAAGCAUGUCUCGAAGAAAGCAGAGCAAACCCCGGCAGAUCAAACGCUCUAUUGGGGAUCUUAAUGGAGGUGAGGAUCCAUCUGAUGAUGUAAGCAUGUCAGGAGAGGAGGGCGGAGCUUCAGACCAGGAGGACUCUGCAGAGUGUGACAGUUCAAGUCCACCUUCCUUUACACCACUUUAUAACGAAGAGCCAAGAACGCACGAGUCCAUUUCGGUGCCGAAUGAAGGUGGGGAAGAUGAGAAAGGAACGAAACACUGUGCAGAAGAUGAGGAGGAAGAAGGGGCAGAUGGGGAAGGGGAACGCCAGUGGAACGGCCCAGACGAUCUUAUGCUAAGUGGCAGUGCUGAUGACUUCAAGGUCCUGGCCCUCAGAGACCUGUCAGAUGACACAGUGUGGGGUCCGUUUUCUGGCAGCAUCCAAUCAGGCAAGACCACAGAUGGACCUGCCAAUGAGAGGCCUGUAUUGUCUAUGAAGUGUGAGGAGGCAGACUGCUGGCUCAAAAGGAUUCCUGUGACCUCAAGCCCCACAGAGUCAAACUGCACCAUCUACAAUCAGGGAGGAGCGUUAUUCUGUAAGCUGACGCAGGAGCUGUCCAGUGGAGAUGCACUUCUGGCAACGCUGUCCUGCUCCACCACAGAUCAGUCAGCGGUGACUCAGACCCAGAGCUUGCGGGUGAAGGAGGAGCCUGCGUACCCCGCUGCUCUACACUCUGAGAUCCAGCUCCUCCCUCAACAGGCUGGCAUGGCUGCCAUCUUAGCAACUGCUGUCGUAAAUAAAGACAUUUUCCCUUGCAAAGACUGUGGGAUCUGGUACAGAAGUGAGAGAAAUCUCCAGGCCCAUCUUAUGUACUACUGCGCAAGCCGACAGAAGCAGCAGACCUCGCCCUCUCCUCCACAGGACAAGCCUAAAGAUUCGUACCCUAACGAGAGGAUGUGUUCAUUCCCGCAGUGUAACAAAAGCUGCCCCAGUGUCAGCUCUCUGGAGAUCCACAUGAGAACACACAGUGGAGAGCGUCCGUUUGUGUGUUUGAUUUGCCUGUCGGCUUUCACCACUAAGGCGAACUGUGAGCGGCACUUGAAGGUUCACACAGACUCGCUGAAUGGUGUGUGUCACGGCUGUGGUUUCAUCUCCACAACGCAAGACAUCCUGUAUAGCCACCUGGUCACCAGUCACAUGGUUUGCCAGCCUGGCUCUCACAGUGAGGUGUACUCACCCAAACCGCCUCUGGCUGCAGGCUUGAGUCCAGGAGACACUGGCAUUGUUCUGAAAUGUCAAGUGUGCGGCUACUCUGCUGACACACCUGCCCUACUCCAGCAGCAUGUCCACACACACCUGGAAGUGAGGGUUCCGGCUGAGAGGAGCCCUGCACCUCGCCAGAGCAGUCCUCCUUCCUCUGAGCUUCCAGAGCUGCAAGAGACGGAGCCUGCUGCCUGCGUGCCCCGACCGGACUCCUCCAGUCCAGGAGCCAAUGGGAGCUCAGCCUCUCAAGGCUGCAGUCCCCUCAACCAACUCAAUAUCAAAGAGGAGCCACGUUCAGACAAUGAAAAUGAUGCAAAGGAAGAAGAGCAGGUGUGUAGUCCUGAAGGAAAUGCUGUGAAGGCAAGCUCAUUGCUGUCUACUUCACCUAAGAGCCCCACAGUGGUGGCGGUUAAGACGGAGCCAGCCAGUCCCACUCCAAGUUCCAGUCCCGUACACCCUGGAAUGGGCGGUUCGGUUCUCCCUGGAGGUACAAUGUUUCUACCACAGUACAUGUUCAAUUCCGAGGCUGCCAUAAUGCCACAAGCGUCUGAGAUCCUGGCUAAGAUGUCUGAGAUGGUACACAGUAGGCUUAAACAGGGACAAGGACCAGCAGCUGGACAGCAGAGCCUCUACCCACCAGGUUCUCCUGCUAGCGUUCACAAAGGAACCACUUGCUUUGAAUGUGACAUCACCUUCAACAACAUCAACAACUUCUAUGUCCACAAGAGGCUUUACUGCUCCAGCAGGCAUCAGCAAGGUGAGGCAGCAGGCCUGAUGAAGGAAGGGGCGGUCACAGCAGCUGCUCCUCCUGCUGCUCAUGCUGCUUCACCCCAGGCCAGACCGGUCAGCCGCGCGGCUUCGGCCUCUCCUAGCUACCCUGACCCUGCUCCAGGAGGCACGGCCUUAGAGCCCAAGUUAGUGGAGGUGAAAACUGAGGAUCCAGGGCUGAAAGAGGCCACCUGCUCAUCAUCCUCGGAGGGAGAGGGACCUGGGGGAGGGCAGGCCAGUGAGGGUAGCCAAAGUCCUAGUGGCUCCGCUGAAGACCCAUUUGGGGUUAAUUCUGACCCCUAG